AUGAGCCUGGCAGUUUCAAAAUCUGUUCUUAUUACAGGAUGCUCACCGGGCGGCAUUGGUAAUGCUCUGGCGCGGGAGUUUCAUGCCCGAGCUCACGCCCAAGAAGGAUGUCGGGUUAUUGCGACGGCUCGUCGGCCAGAUGCUCUAUCGGACCUGGCCGUCCUCGGCCUCGAGACCAUCCUUCUGGAUGUCGACAGUGAGGAGAGCAUCAAGGCUGCUGCCGAAGAGGUGGAGCGCAUCACCAAUGGCAAGCUCGAUAUUCUGGUGAACAACGCAGGCAUCACCUACCCAGUUCCCCUAUCCGACGUGGCGCUGCCGCGACUGCGCAGCCUCUUCGAGACCAACGUGUUCGCCGUUGUCGCCCUGACCAACGCGCUGCUACCGCAGCUGAUCGCCGGACGCGGACUCGUCGUCAACAUCUCGUCCGCAGCCGAGGGCCUCGCAUUCCCGUUCAAGGGUGCCUAUGCCAUGACCAAGGCUGCACUGGCCUCGUACAGCCGCACGCUGUCGGUCGAACUGGCCGAACUGGGCGUGCGUGUGCUCAAUGUCACCACCGCCUUUGUGCAGUCACAGCUGGGCAAGCGCGCACCACCGGAGCCCUGGCCGGCCGACAGCCUGUUUGACAGCAUGCGCCAGGUCGGCCAGCGCGCCGGCAGCGGCACACGCAUGUUGCCCGCCGACUAUGCCCGCCGCGUUGUCGCCGAGGCCCUGCGCGGGCCCGGCUGGGAAUUCGGCCCUUGGCGCUUCUUCGGCACCCGCGAGACCAUCAUGCUCGGUACCCUCAGCACGCCCAUGUGGCUGCUCGGCUUUCUCGGCAGCAACUGGGCCCGUUUUGCCAUGUUGCGCAUGUGGAAGUUCCGCGUGCUGCGCGAGGCUUUGUUGAAGGACAAGUCUGUUUGA